AGAUCUCCACCCUGCUCUCCCGGCCCUGGUCGUGAGGUCUGUUCCCUUGACCUCAAUCUCAAUCUCUCGCUUGCUCGCGGCCCCCUCCCUCUAUUCUCCUUCUUUUUGCUCCUCGCCCGCGCCCCUGCCCUCACCGAGACACUGUUGAGAGUGAGAGCGCGAGAGAGACUGGGAGAGAGAGAGAGAGACUGAGAGAGGGAGAGAUCCGAGUCGAGGCCAGGCUUCUUCUUCUUUUUCACACUUUACCCUAACCUUCGACCUCGACCUCGACCUCGUUCCCCUUUUCCUCCCCUUCCCUUCCCUUUCCCCUUCGCCUUCGCCUCCGCCCCCCCGUAGCUCCAGCCAGUCAGUCUCUGCUUUCCACGCUGGGCUGGGCUGCGGCUGUACUGUAUCAUUGUUUUUUUUUAUCUUACUUGACCCUCUUUUCAAGUCAUUGCCUGCUUGACUGCACUUUGUUGCUGUUGUUCUCACCACGAGCCGGGACCCUGUUCUCCCGCUCCAUCCACUCUCUCUCUCAACUACCACCUGCCUGGGUACCUACCUGCCUACUCCGUACCUGACCUGGGUGGCUCGCAGCGGCCCGUUGCGACCGACCUUGCUCGCCUGCCUGUCUUGCUCACCACAGUCGUCUUAACCGGCCCGUACUGCGGUGUUUCUCUCUUCUCCCAGCAGCAGGACCCAAAGACCGAUUUAUAAUUCUUUCUAAUCGACUCGUCCAGAGUCAGUUCGUCCAAUUCACUUCCCACGAUACGAUCCCGUGCCGUGCCGUACCGCCAUUCGAACGCCACCCAAGCAGCCAAGUUGCCCGCUUGUCUUGUUCUGCUGCGCUUUUUGGCCACCGCCCCUAAUUCGCUGUCGCUACCCUGCACAUCCCGGCUCGUCCCAGCUCCGUUUCGAUCUCCGGGUAGAGGGCCCUUGUGUUGAUUGCAACCAUCCCACCUGUGCACUUCUGGCACCGCCGCACCGCACCCAGACGCCAAAACAAAAGACAAGCUACUGGUGCCCCCCCUCCCGCUUAUCACCCAAGCCCGCCUGCGAGCCCAAGCCUGCGACUGGCCCGGGUCAACACGACAACACGACACAACGCAUCCGGCACCAGCACAGCAUAACACAACAACGCGGCUCGCUCGUUCAUACCAGUCGUGCGUCUUUUCGCCGACGGUCGCCGUUUCUUCACUGUCUCGUCUUCUCUUCGCGGCCCGCCCCUUCGCGUGCUGUUUCAUAUCCUUGGCUGCAAUCCAUUAAAUAGGACUUCACGUGUUUUCCUGCUUCAUCUGGGCGGACUGGAUCCCGCGCGGGGUCUCUCCUGUAGGGUGGAACCGACAAUUUCCCCAUCGGGCAAUUCUCAACAACUCGACCACUCCCACAGACAUCCACGCUCCAGUCACCACGCCAUUGUCCAUGGUCUAGCAACGCCUCGUGGUUCGAAGGCAUCGUGCUGCUUUUUGUGUCGCUAGAACACAAUGGCUACCUCGAUGGCUUCCGACAAGCCCUCCCUGGUCGUCGGCCAGGGAGAGCCCGACCCCUUCCUCUCCACCGGCACUCCCGCCACCCAACGACACGCCGGCUUCGACUCUCACUUGUUCGCGCUCGGCCCUGGUGCUUCAGCCACCUCCGCGAAGCACGCACUAGAGGCACACCUUGCCGAUACCGACAGACGCAUGGAAGAAGCCGGCAAGCUCGGCACGGCCUUGGUCCAGCAGCGGAAGGAACUCGAGGAGCGCCUCAAGGAGGUGGAGCAACUCGAGGCCGAGGAGGAACUGUCGCCGGAUCUCAAGAAGAAGCUCACGAGUAUCGAGAAGGACUUCAACGAGGUUGCGCGAGAGAGUGCUAGGGCCUUCCUCCCAAAGCAGCGACUCCCUAGCAGCGAGGUGACUGUGGGCAUGCCUUUUACUCCGGAUAAGAGCGGAGUCAGGAGAUCUGCCAGUCCUUCCAAGUUCGAAAAGUUCGAAAGCCUGGCUACUGGAUCGCCCAGCAAGUUCAGCGUGCCCAACCGCAAACUGCGCAAUCAGCCUGCCAACCGCAUCCAUGACAUCGAGUUCGCCGCCGAAAUCAGCACAUCCCUCAUCACCCAGGUCCGAAACUUGCAGGCCCUCCUUCAGGAGAGGGACGAGGAGCUCAAAGAUGUCAAGUCAGACAAGUCCAGCCUGCAGAGAGAGGUGGAGGGCUUCCAGCAGCGGAUGAGGAACCUGGACGAGAGCGAGAUGCGCUACAAGGACGAGAACUGGAACUUGGAGACCCAGAUCCAGGAGCUCAUGGCCGCCCAAAAGGACGCAUCCGACAGGGAGAAGAAGUUGACCAACUCGCUGCAGCUCCUCCAGGCCGACAAGAACUCAACCCAACGGGAACUCGACGAGAUCAAGGCGGCGCAUUCGAAGCUCGCCGACGAACAUGCAGCCGCUGUCAAGCAUCAUGAUAUCGAGCUUGGUAUGGCCAAGCGCAAUGCCGUCAUAGCCGAAGGCGAGCGUGCAGAGAUGCAGCGCAAGAUCGACGAGUUGACCAGCCAGAACCAGGAGCUUGCCAAGGCCAUCUCGCUCGAGAGAGGACGCACCAGCCAGCGAAACACGCCCUCUGGAAGUAGUGAGGAUGACUUGGAGAACGCCGCUGGAAACCUGACCCCGGAGCACUCUCCUCCUCCCUCGCCUAUCAAGCCGACCCCAAGACACUCGAUGCUUGAGAGCGAGACAUUGAAGACCUCUCUCCAGCACGCACAGCGCACGAUCCAGAGUCUCCGCACCAACGUUCACCGAGAGAAGACCGAGAAGCUUGAGCUCAAGCGACUGCUACAGGAUGCCAGGGAUGAGAUCGAGAAGAUGCGCAGCGAUCCUGGUGAGCGGCCCCACCACAGACGUGCCAGGGAGGCCAAGUCCCGAGAGUUCAAGAAGCCAGCGAAGCUCGACAAGCUAGGCACUUCGCGCGCCGUCAAGGCCGAGAUCUUGCAUUUGGAAGACCCCGAGUGGGAGGAGGUUGCGACUCAGAAGGGCUCUCCGCCACUGGGCCACUCGGCCCGGAUGGCUGACAUAGCUCUCCAGUCGACCGAGACUGAUGAGUUUGAAACGGCCAAUGAGGCACACGAGACUACCGACGCUUUCGAGACGGCCCAUGAACGUGGAACCGAGACCGACGACUUCCAGACUGGCGCCGAAGACUUCUUCAGCUCUGACACCGAGACGGAGAGUCCCUCUAAGCGAGCUACACUCAGGGCCAACGCUCUCAAGCGAGCUCCUAUCCUUGCGCCUAACCAGCAGUACUCAUAUGAGAGCACUGCCUCGACGUCCGCAAGUGAGGACGAGGGAGACUACAUGGAUCCCACCAGGACGCCUAAUUCGCCAGCUCAUCUGAUGCGUCUGCGUUCCAGCCGUAGUACCAUGUCCCGGCGUUCAAGACAGUUGAGUGACGGGCCCUCUCUGCAGAGCAGCCCGGCCACCAACCCCAACGGCAGCUUCUCUGGACCAAGUGGCAUGCCGCAACAGAGCUUGUUUGCCGAGCUUAAUGAGCUGGAAGGUAGCGAUGAGGACUCGGUCAUGAAUACGCCCGGUCAGCGGAGCCUUCGCUCUGUCACACCAGGGUCGACUGCAACAGGAAGGACCGCGUCGCUGGCUUCUACUGUGCCAGCUGUCCCCAGCAUCCCAAGGGCUAUGAUGGUGGACAGCGGCAUGGUGACAGAUACGCCGCUUUCACCCCCCCAGAGGCUCACCCUCUCCAAUGUACAUACAGAGGAGGUCGAGCCCCUGGCGGAGCCCGAGCCCGAGCCUGUUCUGCCUCCGAGACUUGGCCUUUCCGGCGUCGUCUCCGAGCACGUCGAACCCAUUCCUGAGCCACAGGUGGUGCCUCCUACAUUAAGCAUUUCCGGCCUGGUCGCUUGUGAUGUUGAGCCGAUCACCGAGCCGGAGGUAACACCUCCUGCUCCUCCUACUUUGACCAUGUCGUCGGUAGUUGCAGAGCACGUUGAGCCAAUGGCUGAGCCAGAAAAGUCGCUGCCUCCUUUAGCCUUGUCCUCGAUCUUGGCCACAGACGUCGCGCCAGUGGCAGAGCCAGAACAGCUAUUGCCCACAUUGGCAAUCUCCUCAAUUCUCGCUGCCGAGGUCGAACCUGUGGCGGAGCCGGAGCCUGAACCACAGAUCGUCCGUGUGGUGGAAUAUGUGGAGGCCCCCAGGCCACCUCCUGCCGAAUUGGCGUUCUCCCAGAUAUCCACAGCAGAGAUCAAGCCCGUGGCGGUGCCUGAUCCUGAGCCGCAAGUCGUGCACGUGAUGGAAUACCUAGAUGCGCCAAAAAUGCCUCCCGCGGAACUUGCGUUCUCCUCGAUUUCGUCCGCCGAGAUCGAACCCGUGGCCGUUCCUGAACCUGAACCACGAGAAGUCCGUGUUGUGGAGUAUGUGGAUGCGCCAAAGCCGCCUCCUGCCGAACUGGUGUUCUCCUCAAUUGCAUCAACAGAAGUCAAGCCUGUGGCUGUACCUGAGCCAGAGCCACGAACUAUCCGAGUCGUGGAGUAUGUGGAGGCACCAAAGCCACCCCCAGCCAAUCUGUCAUUCUCCAACCUCGUGGCUGAAGGCAUUGAGCCACGAGCAGAGCCCGAGACUCCUCUCCCUUCACUUUCCCUGUCUACGAUAGCUUCAGAGCACCUAGAGCCGAGAGCUGAGCCUCAACCACUACCGGCUCCUCUCUCGAUGUCCUCUAUCGUGGCAGAGAACGUUGAACCUAGAGCUGAGCCUCGGCCCGCUUUGUCUGUUUCGAGCAUCUCUGCCGAGCACAUUGAGCCAAGAUCAGAACCGAAGACGCUCCCGCCACCGCUGAGCGUAUCGUCCAUCGUCUCCGAGCAAGUCGAACCGGUCCCACCCGUUCAACCCAGCGAGAACGAGGUCGUUGCGAGAAAGCUUGCGCGUGCUCCGCUGGACUUCUCAUCAAUACAGUCACUAGACACCGCACCUGUGGAGGCUCCAUCAAGCACACUUGGAAAGGUCAUUACUCCUCUUGGCUUUUCCCGCAUUGAGUCGUUGGACACGGAACCUGUCUCGCCUAGAAGCCCGAAGAGGAAUGCCUUCAUCAUUCCGCGAGACCAGGACGAUCGGCCGUCGACUCCAUCAAAGGGUUUCUUCGGAUCCCUGUUUGGACGGGGCAAGGGCCAAGAGCCCGAGACGCCCUUCAUCGCCGAGGACGAGACCAGACAGUCACCGAGAGACACACCUUUGACAAGCACGCCAGAGUCACAACUCCCAUUCAAGGAGAUUUCGACCAACGUCAACAGCAACGCACAGCUUUCCCACAAGGAGAACAUUAAGAUGUCCGACUCAGGUGCUCAGACCUCGCUGACAGCCGAUGUCAUUGACCAGAUACUUCAGGCCAAGAGCAGACAACAAGUACAAAUCGGCCAUCGGAAGUCAGAUUCUGUUGUGAGUACGAACAGCAUGGGCAUGCCUGGCACUGUCCGUGUGCAGCAAUCCCAUGAAAGCCUGAACAGUAUCCUCAAACCUAAGGGCAAAGCCGUGGAUGCUGGCGCCGAGUUUUCUGCGGACGCCGCGUCUCGCAGACCCGAUAGCGCAUCCAGCGCUCGUCCUUCGCUAAAGAACGCACCACCGCUGCCGCCGAACCAUAAGGAGGUCAUUGAGGCUGCGAGGACAGGCACCGCUGGCAGCAUGGGGCCACCGCUCUUCCCUGCGUCUGCCUACAAGAACCCGUUGACCCGGCCUAGGACGCCGAUGUCAGCCAGGUCUGGCAAUGCAAGCGUCAGGGGCACACCGACGCCUCGCCAGGACAGGUUGGACUCUGCGCACGGCACUGUAGAGGUCCACUCACCCACUAGGCUCACCGUGAGGAGCCGAAAGUCGUCCGUCUCUAGCUUCGCUUCCGAGGUGGACGCGCGCUUCCAGAACAUUGGUGGAAUGGGCAUGGACCCACACGGCUUUGGCCCCAACACCGACCCUCGCAUGAUUCAAGCCAUCACCCAAACCAUGAUCGGCGAGUAUCUAUGGAAGUACACUCGUAAAGCAGGCCGCGGCGAGAUGUCUGAGAAGAGACACCGCCGUUACUUCUGGGUUCAUCCUUACACCCGUACCUUGUACUGGAGUGAUCGGGAUCCCAGCAAUGCUGGCCGGUCCGAGCUUCGAGCCAAGAGCGUGCCGAUCGAGGCAGUGCGUGUCGUUACAGACGAUAACCCCAUGCCUCCUGGCUUGCAUCGCAAGAGUCUAGUCAUCAUUUCACCAGGUCGAAGUAUCAAGUUCACCUGUACGACAGGUCAACGGCACGAGACAUGGUUCAACGCCCUCUCGUACCUGCUUCUCCGGACCAAUAGUGAAGGCCAAGCAGAUACGGAGGAGAUGGUGAACGGCAUCACCAGGGAAGAUGUUGACGAGUUCAACCCACAAUACGGACGCCGCCAACCAGCUGGCACGCGACCUCGUGCGCCGCCUUCCAUCUCAUCUUACACCUCCCAGGGGACUCGCAGCCACUCUGCGAUGAACCUGGACGUGCCAACCCUGACACCUAACCACAAGAAAGCGUCAUCCUCGGCGAGUAUCACGCGGCCGUCCUUCACUGGACGACUUAGCGGGUACUGGAAGUCUACCCAAGACUCAAUCAGCACCUUGAAGAGCCGCAGCGGUCCCCAGGACCAGAGCAGUUUCUACGACAACAAUGAGGUGCACGAUAGCGCGGAGGAUCUGAGGUUGAUGUACGAGAAACAGGACAGGGAGGCUGACAGACUGGAUAACGUCCGGUCUUGCUGUGAUGGGAGGCAUGAUGUUGGCACCCUAACACGCAAAAAGGGCAGUCGCCAGUCCCAGCACGGUCACGACCACGCCAGCAUCCAUUCUCAUCCAUCUCGGGCGAGUACGCCCGGCCCGUCAUUAGGGACGAUCAGAUCUGGAUCGUGAUUUCGUCACAAUCCAGCCUCAUCGACUCAGUCACUCACUGAUUAUAUUUCCUUUUUUGUCAACCGACCAUAUGCACCGUAAAUUGCAGAUCGACCGCGGUUCAGCACCCGCCGCUCUUGACUAUUACUACUUGCAAUACAUCCAAAUCGCCUACAACGAGCGUCACGUCUCAGAGAAAAAAAAACUUUACGAACUUGAUGACGCCUAAUCUUCUUUUGCUUGUCUCGGCAUGGAAACCUCAUUUGGCAUCUAUCCAAUCGACUAUCGCCGGGUGGAACUGUUUACUGAUGCUUCGUCGUUACCUCGUCAUCGGUCUCCCCACCUCAGCUUGAGCUUGCUGCCUGAGUGUUUGUAUUGCAGAUACAGACAUGAUCGGGAGACAGCCCUCACGAGUGUUGUUCCACACUGUAUCAGUACGCACACAGGAGAUGAUGGGGCAGCUUGGAAAGGGGAGUUCGCGGAGUAAAGUGCUGUCGAGGAUUACCCAUUGCUUAUAUUUACAUGCUUGCUUUCCUUGAGUCUCUUCUUCUUGGUAAAUCGGUUUCAGGCUGCUGGGGUGGAAGCAGUACGGAGUAUCCUUUCUCUGCUACUCUAUCAUAUCACAGGGUUCGAAAUUGACUGUCUUGGCAUCUUGCAUUGCGACAGGAGAAAGAGGAGAAGGACGGACAGGAUGGGCGGCGGUUGGUAGUUCCGUUGGUGAUUGCAGCAGCGGAAGUAGGCAGAUCACUUGUCUUGGUGGCUGAAUGAUGAUCUCAUAAAAUGUACCUUGCGAACUUGCUCGUCGUGAAAUUAGAAGCUGGAGUUCCUGCCUCACACAAUCUGUUCAUCUACAGAGCGAGGAUUUACACCUAAAGAAACGAGGGGUAUACCCCUAAUGAAAGCAUCACAACCAACCGAUACUCAGAUUGAAUAACAACGCACCCCCUGUCUCACACUACCCUCACGGCUUGCUUAAGUUGGCUGGUGGGUGCCGAGGAGUCACCCUAGACUUUCUGACAAUUUAAUAAUUCUGAUCUUUCUAACCCUGCGGUAGGUUGGCUGACGAGCCACCCUAGGCUUCCCUCUGGGUUGCUUGAUCCGGUCCAGUUGACCUCAUCUGGCAAGCCUGCCAACCCUGCCGUGAGCAAUCAUCCACCACAAAUAGGCGCGGGCCUCAUGGCCGUCAUGGUCCCCAGCCUUGUUCUGCUCCAGUUGUGGUUCAGGCGGUUUAUG